CUCUCCUGUCCCUACUCUCUUCCUUGCUUCCCUUCGAAGUUGAAAGGGCGGGCGAUUGCGCGGAAAAGGGAAGCAGUACUUAGGUGGCUACACAAGGCAAUGUCAAGAUUGGGUCGUCCCCUGCGGAACGACAACAACAAAACAAGCACGCAGCCGGCCUGCCCCCUGCAGCCCUUCUGCAGCGCUCACCAGAAGCUCACGCAGAUAUUAUUGUCUCUAAAAUAAAGUGAAAAGGACUCGUGAGAACAACUCAUCCACGGGCCGGCCGCCUGCGACGGCCUUCCUGGGCUGGAUUUGACUGGACGAUGUUCGGGUUCUCAUGUUCCUCUACCCCUAUAUUCUUAUUGCUCUUGGCCUCUUGCCCCUAGACAUGCUCCUGACCGCAAGGUUGAGGUUGUCAUUGCAGCGUCGAGGCUUUGAUUACAGGAGCGGACAAACAGGUGAUGGACUCGGGGCCCGCUCAAGCGAGCCUGAUGCCGGCGGCAACAGAAAUGGUGAGCAGGGCAAAAUGACAAUCUGCAGUGUGCACCUGGAAGAUCCUGUCGAAGUUGUGAAUGACCAGGUCUGACUUUCGGGGACCGUCUGACCACA